AUGCAUAGCAUAUUCGGUACCAACAGCGAAGUGUAUGGACGCGUGCUGAACGAGAGACUGAAAUGCUGGUAUGAAGAGGUAUACGCGAGAGAAGAGGAUCGAAUAGUCGAGGAUUACAUUGAAUUAGCGUAUCACAUCGUUCGAAAAUGUUGGAAACUAAUAGUGGCGAAUCUCAACGAAACAAUGCACACUCUCAAACUUUGGACGGCAGUUUCUGUUAAAGUGUUGAACUCAAGUAACGACCCAUCAAAGUGUCGCGAAAGUGCCCGUCUUCUAUCGACUCUAUUGAAGAAUUGUGGUGAUUCAGGACAAGCC